AUGGAAGCUCCAGACUCCCCGCCUCAUCUAUCCUCCCAAAACACGAUUCCCAAUUUCUCUCAAAUGAAGCCCAAUCAGUCCAAUCAAAGCGCCGUCCGAGUCAAUGGCGAUGGCAAUGGCGCGAAAGCAAAUUUUGGAACGCCCGGAUCGAGCUGGAGUACCAAGAAGUUUGCCGAAGAGCAUCAACGUGCGUACGAGAUGCAGGUCGAUAGAGAUUGGGAUCCAGCAAGGUAUGGGGAUCCCUUGGAUUCCCGAUCUGGUUGA